UAUUUAUUUACAAUGGCGGGAUGCCUCGAUCAUAUGAGGUUCAAUCUAGAAUUCUUAAAUUUAGGCGAAAGACGUAAUAUUGUAGCAUCUAUUAUAUCUGGAACAUUAUUUUUUAUAGGAUGGUGGAUACUAAUAGAUGCAUCUGCUAAAUAUCCUAGCAAGCUACAAUUUAAUCAUUCAUAUCAUGUUUGUGGUGUAAUAGGCACAUUCGCUUUGUUCAUGGUCAAUUCAAUAUCAAAUCAACAAGUAUUAGGUGAUUCAUAUUCCUCAGGAUGCAUGGGACAGAGAGGUGCAAAAGCAUGGCUAUUUUUAGGAUUUCUUUUGGCAUUUGCAGCAAUCAUUUCAGCAACCUGGAUAUUGUUUGGUGCUUAUGUUAUACCACAAAAAUCACCGCAAUGGCCAGGUGUUGCUGUAUUUCUGCAAAAUAUUGCAAUUUUUGCUAGUUGCCUGGUAUUUAAAUUUAUGCGAGCUGAAGAUCAAUUUUGACAAAAAAUUAAUACUAAAUCCAGAUAUGCUUUUAAUAGUUGAAAAUAUUAAAUUUUUAUAUGUUUGGUAGGUGUCUAUUUAUUUAAUUUUAGCAUAUUAUAUAGUUUAGUAAUUAAUUAAAUAUAGAUAUUAAAUUUAUUUUAUGCAAAAAUGUAGUAGAAAUAUUUACAAAUUUUAAAUAU